AUGUACCCACUACCCAGCCUGGCGAAAAUGGCGUACUAUGCGUGCAACGACAUCGAACGCGACAAGUUUGACUCGCUGGACACACCGGACAUCGAUAUGAAAAAUUGUUGCGAGUCGCUGUUAGAAUUAUUCAAAGUUGACAAAAUCCAAGACGAGCACAACGAUAGGCAGACAAUGUUCGAGCGGUCUCUGUUCGCCUUCGACGACGAGAUGUUUGAACACAUAUGCGAGAAGGCAGCGUUCAACGGGCACAUCGAUUGUCUGAAACUAGCACACGAGAUUGGCGUCCCUUGGGACACCGUGCCUGGAUGGACCGGUUUCAGAGGUAAGGCGUGUGAUCUGGCGGCGAUAUCGGGCAAUCUAGAAUGUCUAAGGUACGCCUUUGAGAACGGGUGCCUCUGGGACGAAGUUACAUGCAGCGACGCUGCGUUGAACGGUCACCUGGAGUGCCUAACUUACGCACGGGAAAACAGGUGUCCCUGGGACGAGAAUACGUGCAUCGACGCCGCGAUGAACGGUCACCUGGAGUGCCUAACUUACGCACGGGAGAACGGGUGUCCCUGGGACGAGAUGACGUGCUGCAUUGCCGCGAUGAACGGUCACCUGGAGUGCCUAACUUACGCAUGGGAAAACGGGUGUCCCUGGGACGAGACGACGUGCCGCUUCGCCGCGUUGAAUGGGCAACUGGUGUGCCUCACUUACGCACGAGAAAACGGGUGUCCCUGGGACGAGAGUACGUGCAGCGACGCCGCGAUGAACGGUCACCUGGAGUGCCUAACUUACGCACAAGAAAACGGGUGUCCCUGGGACGAGACAACGUGCAGCGACGCCGCAAUGAACGGUCACCUAGAGUGCCUAACUUACGCACGGGAAAACGGGUGUCCCUGGGACGAGACAACGUGCCGCUUCGCCGCGUUGAAUGGGCAACUGGAGUGCCUAACUUACGCACGGGAAAACGGGUGUCCCUGGGACGAGAAUACCUGCAGCAACGCCGCGAUGAACGGUCACCUGGAGUGCCUAACUUACGCACGGGAAAACGGGUGUCCCUGGGACGAAACGACGUGCAGCUACGCAGCGUUGAAUGGGCAACUGGUGUGCCUCACUUACGCACGAGAAAACGGGUGUCCUUGGGACGAGAAUACGUGCAAGGACGCCGCGAUGAACGGUCACCUGGAGUGCCUAACUUACGCACGGGAAAACAGGUGUCCCUGGGACGAGAAUACGUGCUGCAUUGCUGCGUCUAACGGUCAUCUGGAGUGCCUAACUUACGCACGGGAAAACGGGUGUCCCUGGGACGAAACGACGUGCAGCUACGCCGCGUUGAAUGGGCAACUGGUGUGCCUCACUUACGCACGAGAAAACGGGUGUCCCUGGGACGAGAGUACGUGCAACUCCGCAGCGAACAAUGAGCAGUUUGACUGUCUGGUGUACGCCUACGAGAGAGGGUGUGAGUGGGACAUUGAAGAUUUCUUGUAUAGGACAAGAGACAGCAACUCGGAAUGCGCUGAAUACGCCCGCCAAAUACGGUCCGAAAUGGCCCUCAUGUUUUCGACACUUGAAUUCAAAUUAUAUAUUUUCACCAUUUUUUUUUACCUGACCAAAAAACUGUCUUUUUAUACAAAGCAAACGUGA